AGUGCGAUCGCGACGCGGAGAGAGAGAAUUAUUCCGAGAGUUUAGAAAGCUUGCGCUCGCACGAAAACAAACGCCGCUCGCUGUCGUGACGACAACCUGUUGACUAGUUACCCGUUAAAGUGGCAGGCAAACAAAAGAAGAAAAGCAAAGGCCUGCGGGUCUUCUGGUUCAGGUCCCAUGGGAACAAGCAAAAGAACAAGUACUACGUGUCGCAUGGAGAUUCUCCUACGAGGUCCAUAAUGUCGGGAGACUCUCCCAACACCCACCAGACGGACAUCUUCGACUUCAAGGAGGGCCGCACCUCGCCCGCCCCCACCACCUCCAAGGACGCGGCCGUUCAGAGCGGCGGCGAGGUCGUCCACGCCACCGUCCUCGUGGAGCCCGAGAAAGACAAGGAUAAGGACAAGGAGGAUGAGAGCAAGGACCUGAACUCCCCGAUCCUCAACAACGCCUCCCAGGACGAACGGAGGUCCUCUGACCCCGACCAGACCGUCCAGCUGGAGGAGCUGAAGUUCUCCGGCAAAGACAAGGACCGCAGGGAGAAGAGGAAGCUCAAUGGGGACCUGGACAGGUUAGACGGUGUCUGGGUACCCAGCAGGGACCCCCGGAAAGACGUCAAGGCUGAAGAGGACGACGAGAACUGUACUGUGAAGUGCCUGUACUAUACGAUGCAGUGCUGUGAGUGCGCUAUUAUAUGAAAGUGUGAUAAUUCGGACGGUGUAGUGUGUAAGUAGUAAAAACUUAGGUUCUGGAACCCAGUCGGGUGGUUUAGUGGAAGAUGCGAUGGUUAUUUUGUUUUUGCGUAUGGGAAUUGUUUAGCUACGUUUGUCCGGGGGAAUACCGAGACCCAGAGGUAGCUAAUUUUCAUUUUGGCAGGCAAAUCACGGAAACUUUGAAAUAUAAUUAUUUAUAUUGAUUAAAAUGGUGAUAUAAAUACCACAGGAACAGUA